AUGCCUCUUCCAUACGCAGACGCCGACAUUACGCGAUUGCAGCGCGAUGCGGACGACAAUCUGCUCACAUACGGGACCGCAUUCCAUCCUGAGAUAAUCACCUCUACCGAUGGCAUCAACGUGCAGACAGCAUCGGGUCACCGAAUGAUGGACUUUACCUCUGGACAGAUGAGCACUCUGAUCGGGCAUGGCCAUCCUGAGGUCGUGAAAGUGAUCGCGGAUCAUGCGCAACAUCUCGAUCAUCUUUUCAGUGGGAUGAUCAGUCCCCCAGUCAUCAAUCUUGCGAAACGGUUAACUGGCGUUGCGCCGGCUGGGCUCGACAAAGCUUUCUUUCUCAGUACGGGCGGCGAAGCGAACGAAGCCGCGAUCCGGCUGGCCAAAUUCUACACUGGCAAAUGGGAGAUUGUUGGUCUGGCUGCCUCAUGGCACGGCAUGACAGGCGGAUCGCUCGGUGCGCAGUAUCACGCUGGACGUUCAGGUUACGGUCCAAACAUGAUUGGGAACCUAGCACUGCCGACCCCAAACUCCUAUCGAUCGAUCUUCAGACACGCUGAUGGUACGCAUGAUUGGAAGACUGAGUUGGACUACGGUUUCGAUCUUGUAGACAAACAGUCCUGCGGCUCACUCGCAGCGGCUAUCGUUGAGCCGAUCCUAUCGAGUGGCGGUAUGCUGGAGCUUCCCCCUGGAUAUCUGAAGGCCUUGAAGGACCACUGUACCGCUCGAGGCAUGCUUCUCAUUGUUGAUGAAGCACAGACAGCACUUGGCAGAGCUGGCGAUAUGUUCGCAUUCACACACCACCCCGAGGACGAAAGCGUAGUACCGGAUAUCGUGACACUCAGCAAGACGCUUGGAAAUGGCAUACCGCUCAGUGCUGUCUUAACUUCGAACCCCAUCGCCCAGCAUGCCAAAGACAACGGUUUCUUGUUCUACACUACCCAUAUCAACGAUCCCCUUCCAGCUGCUGUGGGCGACAAGGUUCUCGAGAUCGUCAUGAGAGACGAGCUCUGCGCUCGUUCCAAGAGGCUCGGUGUCAAGCUCCAAGCAGGACUCAGGCAAUUGCAGUCACGCUACGGUUGCAUUGGGGACGUUCGUGGUCGCGGUCUGAUGGCUGGAAUGGAGAUUGUUGGCGACAGAAAGACAAAGGUCGGUGCCCCGGAAGUAGGAGCCGCAGUGUCAACAAAGAUUGCAGAGAUGGGCUUGUGGGCUCAGCUAGCCACGAUGGCAUCGUUUGGUGGAGUGUUCCGGAUAGCGCCUCCGAUCACGGUUACGGAGGAGCAGAUCGAUCUCGCUUUGUCAAUUAUCGAAGAAGCGCUGAGGUUGACUCCGGGUACGAUGCCGCUCUACACUGAUAUCGCCGCGCAAUCAUAA